AUGUAUAUCUCAUCUCUCUCAUUCCCUCUCUUUCCCUCUCUCUCAGUUUCUCUCUUUCCAUUUACUUCCCUCCUUCCCUCACCUUCUUCCAUCUCCGUCUGUCUUUCUCUCCGUUUCUGUCUCUUCCUUUCCUUCUCUCUUUCUCUUUCAUUCUACCUCCCUCUUUCUCUCUCUCUCUCUUUCUCUCCGUUUCUCUUUCCCCCUUUCUUUCUCUGUUCCUCUCCCCUUCUCCUUCUCCGUCUCUCUCUCUCUCUCUCUCCUCAUCGCUCAUUCCAUUGCUCUCUUUCUCCACCUCUUCCUAUCUAUCCGUUUCUCUCUUUCAUUUUCCCUCUCUUCUUCCCUCCUCUCCUCACCUCUCCACUCUCAUUCUCUCUCUUUCUCUUUCUUUCCUCCCUUCUUCUCCACACUCGCUCUUUCCUUCUCUCUCAUUCCAUUGCUCUCUCUCUCUCUCUCACACACACACACACACACACACACACACACAGACAGACACACUCACACACACAAACUUACUCACUCACUCACUCACUCACUCACUCAUUAAAUGACUCUCUCUCCCUCUCACGCGCCCGGGCGCCAAUCUUAGAGAUUACAAACAUUCUCUGA